UCGAUUUUCCAAAAACGUCUUCGACCAAUUUUUUUUUUUUUUUCUGUAAACCAUCAAAUCUUCUCUCAAAACUCCAUUCUCGUAUUUCUGUCCUUCAUUUUGCUCAUUCAACACUCAACACCAAAUCGUCGUUAGAUGAGAAAGGAAAGAGGUGGAACUAUGGUGGCGGAACGUACCACAUUCCACAGACCAAAAUUCGGAGCCCUAUUGCAGUCCGACCCGAACAUACCAUCCCCAAAUACACACAAUAACAGCGGCAAAGAGCACAGCGUACGUAGCUCAGCCGUGAGCCCCGGUUACUACGACAACAACAACAACAACAACGUGCGCAGCUCAGCCACGAGCCCCGGUUAUUACGACAACAACCCCUUCAGCUCCGGCGCCAGUCCCGGGUACUACGACAACACACCUGCGAUGUCCGCGAGCCCCGCCACAACUCUCGGGUUCUACGACAACAACAACGUGCAGGGCAGCAGCGUUGGUUCAACUCCAUACGCCAUGUCGCCGUGGAACCAUGAGUCGCCGUACAACAAGUCGCCGUGGAUAGCGCCGUCGCCGUUAAACCCGUUGUUGGACGAGAGGUGCUUGCCUGAGAGCGGGCUUGUUGGGUCGUUGGUGCGAGAAGAAGGGCAUAUAUAUUCGCUAGCGGUGAGCGGAGACUUGUUGUAUACCGGGUCGGAUAGUAAGAACAUCCGGGUCUGGAAGAACUUGAAGGAUUUCACCGGGUUCAAAUCCAACAGCGGGUUGGUGAAAACCAUUGUGAUUUGCGGAGAGAAGAUAUUCACGGGUCACCAAGAUGGAAAAAUCCGUGUAUGGAAAGUUUCUCAGAAAAAGCCGAGCCUUCACAAACGGAUUGGGUCAUUGCCGGCGUUGAAAGAUUUCAUCCGGAGCUCUAUGAACCCGAAGAAUUACGUGGAGGUCAGACGCCACCGUAACGUGGUGAGGAUCAGACACUUUGACGCCGUCUCGUGUAUGAGCUUGAACGAAGAACUAGGGCUCUUAUAUUCCGGUUCAUGGGACAAGACGUUCAAGGUUUGGAGAAUUGCCGAUUCCAAGUGCUUGGAAUCUGUAUCGGCUCACGAUGACGCCGUGAACUCUGUGAUCGUCGGUUUUGAUUCGUUGGUGUUCACCGGCUCAGCGGACGGGACUGUAAAAGUGUGGAGGAGAGAGCUACAAGGAAAAGGCUCGACGCAUUUCUUGGUGCAGACAUUGCUGAAGCAAGAGAACGCGGUGACGGCAUUGGCGGUGAACCAAUCGGCGGCGAUCGUUUACUGCGGCUCGUCGGACGGGAACGUCAACUACUGGGAACGUGAGAAGCAUCUUUCGCACGGUGGGGUCCUCCGCGGCCACAGGCUCGCCGUGCUCUGCCUUGCCGCAGCCGGAAACUUGGUGUUCAGCGGCUCAGCGGACAAGAACAUUUGCGUGUGGAGAAGGGAGGUUGGCCCGGGAGGGUCCCACUCGUGCCUGUCGGUCUUGACGGGCCAUUUAGGGCCUGUCAAGUGCCUGACCGUAGAGGAAGACCGCAGCCGCGCCGAGGACAAAACCGACCAGAAAUGGAUUGUGUACAGUGGGAGCUUGGAUAGGUCGGUGAAGGUGUGGCGGGUUUCGGAGCAACCACCGGACUUGAGGAAAAUAAUGUUGUCGGAGAAGCAAGCUUCUUCUAGGAGUAACUAUUCUAACUACUAAAAGGGCGGCAAGGGAGGUUGCGGAGUACGUACAUCGAAGAUGAUGAUGCUCUUUGAUGAGGCGUGGAGAACACGCGCUGUCGCAGAAGAUGAUGUCUCUGUCUGUCCGGUGGUCCCUUCAAUAACACGCCAAAGAGCUUCAGACGAAGGUGCAGGGCACCGACCGGAGCAGCGUUGAGUGGUGGUCCUGGGAGGAGCCUUCGUAUAAAGGCUAAAAGGUACCAUGUAUAUAGUACGAACAUGGCAAUUCAGGAAGUUUAAUUUGGCCUCAAAGGGUGAUUGUAGCUUGCAUGAUGUGCUUGAAAAUGAUGCACAUGCAAAUUGGACCACAUUCUGGAUGCACUUGCCACAAAUAUGGAACUGGUUUUUGUUUUGAUUUUUUUUUUUGGGGUAAAAAAAAUGUAUUACCCAGAGUUAGUUGGAGUGCGUAAGUUUUGGUAUGUAUAGUUUCUGUGUGUGGAAUUUGGAGUUUGGAGUUUAAUUCCAAUAGAAAAUACAUGCAAAGUGGACCACAUUUUGGAAGCACUUGCCACAAAUAUGGAACUGGCCGGUUUUUGUUUUGUUU